AUGGCUUGCAUAAAUGCGUUUCUUGCGCAUUCAGCGGAACUACCAAUGGAGCAUCACCUCUUCCAUGCACCAGUGCCUAUCGUUCAAGAGUACGAUAGCUUUGAAGAAUAUAGGCUCGCUACUGAUCGAUGGAACGAUUACGCCACCGUGGGUUCCAAAAUUGAGAGCAGGAAGAACCGACUUGAUUACAUUUCAGUCGGUAUCUCACUUAGGGACACCGUGGGUUUCAUGUCUGAGAAAGAUAGGCAGAUUAAUUGUGACGGUUUCCCCCUAUACCACCCUGAUAUAAGCACUCAAAAUAUCUUUGUGGACGACGAUCUGAAUAUAACGUGUAUUAUCGACUGGGCUUUUGCAUCUUCGGUGCCCCCUGCAAUGCUUCUUGUCUGCCCCGGCCUCCCUCACCCUCGUGAUGGCAUACAUGCCUCUCUUCUAGAAGCCUUUGCUGACGGUUUCAUAGUCGAAGAAGGGUUCGGUGGUCAGGUUGCGCUUGAUUUCUCGCACAACGACGCUUUCUGGGCAUUCUUUCGCCUAGUCAAUCUCGAUUCUCUCCAAGACUUCCACUACCUAUCUCAACUCAUUCAGUCAUUUGUCGGACAGGAAGUGUAUCCUUACAUUUGCCAUAUGAAGGGACGAAAGGAGUUCCUCGAAGCAGCAGAAUACGUGUUGAAAGAUGAAGAUGACCAAGAGAGGUCAAGAGGGAAUGAAGAACAAUACUUCUCAUGCGUUGGUCCCCAGCGGCAUGCGCUCUCACGUCACCUGACCAUGAUUGAACAACUAAAUGAUCAAUUCGUUGCGGAUAAAAGGCUGUGGAUAUGGAUUGCACUCUACCUAGAUGAGCGAGAUGUGUACAUGUUUUCUUGA